AUGGAUCGACAAGGGAAUAAUGAUAAAAAACGGGAAAGAACCGGCGAGAACAUUCACCAACAACAGAAGAAGUCACAGAGAAAACAGACAUUCGAAAAAGAAGAAUGGGCGGCCCCUUCGACGUCAUUUCGUGAUUCUUAUCAAGUCCCAGAAGUUAUAGAAUCCCGUAGAUCAUUAUCUCAGGCUCCCCGCUCAUAUUUCUUGCCAAGCCUUUCAAAUCUUCGAGCAUCGGCUUUGAAAUCUCAAGCCCUUGAAAGAAGCAAGGCACAAGGAAACUCGCAGAAAACUUCACUUUUACCCAAUUCAGCUUCAAAUCCAACUGCGCUGCUUCUACUCGACAAACGGCCGGUACAAAUCAACGCGGAACCGGAGUUCUUCGGAUAA